AUGUCGCCUCAAAACAGGCUGGCCUCUACGAUUGCUCUGGUGACGGUGAUGCGGUACCUCAUGAGUGAGUUGUCUAUGACGAUGAACGUUGCGGAGGCAGUGGCCCGCACACGGGAGGGCACGCAGGAAACGGAGGAACUAGAGGAUGAAGAUGGAGAUGGGACCAACCUGAUGCAGAAGAGCUUGGCGGAGACGGUGAGUGGCUCCUCGUUGCAGCGGUGGACACGUGCGCUUAUCCGCCUGCAGAAGGAGCUCUCGGGGCAGGCCAAGGGUGUUCGCAGGACCCAUGUGCGGCGCCUACAACAGGGUCUCCUUGGAUGCGCGGACCCGCAGGGGGAAUGGAACCUACAACUGAGCGCGCUGCUGGUUGCUAUGGGGCAUGAGACGGAAGGGGUUGAGGGCGAGUCUGCCAUGGACACAACGUGGCUCUCCCAAUGGUAUGGUGAACUUGGGGUGCUACUCCAAGGGUUUGGCCUCCCCAUACAAGUUGACUCCCAGCCUCAGGACGGUUCGCAGCCUGCUGUACCACCGGCUCAGACUCUCACUGCAUUUCCCACCUUGGAUGAGCUCUUGGAAGACGAGAGGGAAGCCACUCGCCUCAAGGAGGAGCAGAACAGGGAGCAAGAGGAUCGGGAGUUGCAAGAGCAGGAGUACGCCAUGCUACAGGCUCAGGAGCUGGAACAUCUCAGGGCACAAGCAUCGGCUGCCCAGCUUGCCGACGAUCUCGCAAUGCAGGAGGCACUACAGCGACCACCGAAGAGAAGGUGUGUAAUGUCUGUGGAAAUGGCGUCUGGGUCACAAGACCGAGCACGCAUUCUUCACACGCUCGAGGUCGAGGUCCCUGCCGACGGUGAAGCCAUCCAGGUUACGAUCAAGGCCGCCAUGCGGGCAGACCCGGAAGAUGUGGAAACAGUUGGUGUUCCUACGCCGGUGCUACCUGAACCGGGGCUACGAAGCGAACCACGUGAUCCUGCUGCUGGCCAACGCCCUUUCACGGAAACUCUCUCUGAUCUUGACUUUGCGGCGUACGAGGGUGUGUACAAGUUGUGGAGCACGGGGCAACAGUCUUCGGAAGAGAUUUCCAAUACCUAUGGACCAGAAAUGCUUGAGCUCUUGCAGUCUCAGCAAGCAGUGGCAGCCAUGGAGGACGAAGAAACCAGUGGGGGCAUUGGGCCUACUCCGGGCGAACAGCAAGGGCAAGUACCACUUCCUCCGACGAGUCCUGCGAUGGCGAUCGGGGAACCUAUGGUGCGAUUUCCUCUCUUCGAGGUGGUUUUCGGCCAAUGGAAGGCUGGCUAUCGCUCAAGCGCAGCUAUUGCCGAGGGCUUCGGCAUCACGUGGCUUCGCCUCUUCGAACUUUGGCGUCGGUGGGGACUAGAAUCCAUCGAACCGUUGCUCCCUUCGGUGCUCGAUAUGGAAGUCGACCCAGACCCAUCUAGGUCUCCGCCGCGCAUCACAGCGCAUGACAACCUACCCCUUCCUCUACGUGUACCAGUCACAGUCGUCCUGGUGACGUUUAUGUCAUGGUGCCGACAGGAGGUGACAGAGGAGGCUGUUCUCGAACGUCAGGGACCUGGGUGGUUGGCACUCUUCCGGGAGCUGAAGACGCGAGGCCUGCGGGAGGCGAGACAGGUACUUGGAGAAGAAGUCACAUGGGACGUCACAGAAGAGUUUCUUGCGUCUCAGGCUGAGGAUCUGCACCUGUGGGGAGGGAUCGCCAAUCCGGCAGAGACGAUCGUAGACCCGAGUCAGGGUGCAAUGACCUACACGGACAUGAAGGAGGCAGUGAUCUACACGGACAUGAAGAAAAUGACGGAAACACGGACAGUGGGCAAGGUGAAGCUGAACGGGCCCAGCCCCAGCAGCCUCGGACAGAAUGCAGCGUUUUACACUGCAUUGGAAAGUGACAUUGGUGUGGUGAUGUCGCAUCCGAUCUUUUCUGACACGGCAGACUGCGAUCCCUGGCCCAUCAAGGAUGGUGCAGGCAGCAACAGCGGCGUGCAAAUCAUUUUCCAGUUGGAUGAGAUGAAAAUUGCUUUGGAGCAGCGUGGAGCGUACAAGGCUGCGGGGAACCUGGCUUGGAUCGACCCGCUCUUCGCACCCAUUCCGGGUGUUCCGAUACGCCGAUCCUCCGUGGAGCUGUUGCGGAGCUACUACUUCGACCAGGACCCGCAGCUCUUCCUGCGGGAGCUGGUGGUCUUUGUCACGAGUACACAAGCGGACCCACGGUUCAAUGGCUCGGCUGGGUGUGUCACUCUGGAAGAGAACAUCUCCCACAUCGAAGCACAUUCGAAGAUUGUACUCAUUGGUGGGCAAUUCUGCCCGGCGGAGAGACUGGCAUUGCAAGCAGUUGAGCUGCUAGGCUUGGCCCCCAAUGCUGCGGCCGUGAACCCAAUCAACCAGGGUCAUCUGGACACUUUCAAGAGCCAGUGGAGCGACACGAUGGCUGUGUUCCAGCUCUACUCGGUUGCAGCAGCUGGCGGCACCUGGGUCCCAAAUUUCCGAGUGUCUGACACUCUGGAUCAGGCGGCAUACAAUGCUCGCGUAGGGGCAAAUAGCGCAGUCUUCCAGACUGUUGCCAAUGGUCUUGUUCAGUACCUGAACAACACACCAGCGGCUGCUGGAGAUUUUGCGGCUCAGGCUCAUUUCCUGGCAUUGAAUGUUGUCAGGGCGCAUCACCACAGGUGCUUCUCGGAUGGUCAUAACGGCUUCACAGCAGUGGUCUUCUCGGCAGCCGUCGUCCAAGUCCCUGCGCUGACGUUUCUGGAAGAAGUUCGCGUCGCGGAGUACGCGGAAGCCUCCACGGAGACUCCCGAGCUGAACCUCGGAAAUGACGUCCGGCCAGUGUACAACGUGUCGUUGCCCUUUGCGAUCAGUGGCUUGGGAGAGAAGAAGUUCGACAACCGCAACGAAAAAGUGACUGGCUUCGUGGAAGUCCUGAGCCCCAAAGCCUGGCCGGCCGUCACGACGAUCCUUGUCCAAGCGUUCUCAGUGGCUGACAGCACGAUUUUCACCGGCUAUGAGCUGCAGGUGGUACGUGCGUCAACGACCACCACCACGACGCUACCCCCAGACAUCAUCGUUGGGGAGAUCGCGGUAACGGUGAGUGACUGCGCGAACCUCUCGGCGAGCUCAGCCGCGCGGGAUGAUCUCGCCGGUGGUAUCGCCCUGGCUGCGGCCGUGAGCGCCUCCCAGGUGGAAGUCUUCGACGUGAGGUGCAGCGCCCGGCGCUUGGCAAACGAAGACGAGCGGAGGUUGAGCGGAAGUGCGGUGGUAGAUUAUGCCAUCGUUCUACCUGCAGGGAGUGUGGAUCCAUCCACGGUGGUUGCCAGCAUCAAUUCUGAAACCACAGCUUCUAUGACAAGCAAGCUGCAGGCUGCUUUGGAUGGAGGAAGUUCUGGUCUCUCUUUGGCUGUCACCUCGUUUUCAUCCCCUGCGAUCAACCCCACCACAACCAGCAGCACAACUGCUACUGCCACAUCCUCCAUAACCUCAACAACGAAGACAAUGACCACUACUGAGACCAGCACAACCUUCACUUAUGAGGGCACCAGCACAACGCGCACCAGCACGACCCUCACCACCAUCACCGUCACCGCCACCAGCGUGACUUCUACCAGUGUCACGACUACGAGCCUCACAGCCACCAGCUCCACGGCAACCACCCGAACCGUCACGCUUACUACCACAGUCAGUACAACAGGUAGCUCGACCACAAGCUACAUCGGUACUUCCACUACAUCAAGUGCGACAUCAAUCACUGUCUCCCAGACGUCAACCACUUCAAUCACUGUCUCCCAGACGUCAACCACUUCAAUCACUGUCUCCCAGACGUCAAGCACUUCAAUCACAACUUCGAGCCAGACCAGCACUGUGACCACCUCAACAAGCACCAGUGCCACUGUCACGAGUUCCACCGUCACGCAGACCAGCAGCACAAGCACGACUGGCACUGCGACCAGCACCAGUACCACAAGCAUGACGGCCACCAGCACCAGUAUGACGACGACUCUCACCAGUGUCACCAGCACUACCUCCACACAGACGGUGACGACACAGACGCUCACAUCCACAUCAGGUGCCACAACUACCACCUGGACCGAAACAUCCACAUCAGCAACGUUGACGAGCACAACAGCGACGAGCUCGACAUCAGCGACGGUAACAACGACUUCCGAGACAGUCACAACUUCUCCAACCACGACUACAUCCAGCACAACAACAUCCAGCACAACAGCAACUGCCACAACAGUCACCACAAGCAGAACCAGCAGCACUACAGCCACGGUGACGACAGUCACGGCCACCACCUCCAUGACGUCCACGACCACGGAGACUGCAACAGCUACGUCUCUUACCACAACAUCGGCCACCAGCACAACCAGCACGACCACAAGCACCUCCGGCACAGAUACGAGCACGACCUCCACCACUAUCACCAGAACCAGUGUCACCGUGUCAUCGACUACGACCAGCUCAUUCACCAUCACCAGCACGACGACAAUGACAUCCACAACCCUCGAAAACUACAAUAUCAUCGCCGGAAGUCUGACCUUGGAAGUGAGUGAUUGCCCUGCCCUUGACACGACACAGGGACGUGCCGGCCUAGCAGAGGGCAUUGCGGAGACUGCAAACGUGUCGGCUGAGUUCGUGGCUGUGACCGUGGCUUGCAACCGGCGUCUCGAGGCUCUCAUGGAAGCCUUCCGACGCCUGUCGACUGCCGCAGAUGUGGACUACCUCAUCGACCUGCCGUACGAGACCCCGAAAGAGGUCGGCCUCUCAGCCUCGCGGAACCUCGAAUCAGAGACGGUUCAGACGUUCACCGUCCGCCUGGAGACGGCAGUUGCUCGCGCAGGCGUGCCAAAUCUGUCUCUCAACGUGACGGUUGUUGCGCCCCCGAGUGUGGACGCCAAAACGACCACCACAACCACCACGCUGUACUGCCCAGGGGAGCCGCCGUGUGGUGGAGCGAAUUAUGGGACUUGCGUCAUGGCACCUCCGGGCUAUACUCCAGGCGACCAGUAUAGAUGGUGGAUCUGCAACUGCGAGGAGACCUAUAACGGCAGUGCCUGCGACGAGCGCGUCUGCCCGGUCUGUCAGAACAACGGCACUUGCGCGAGUGGGGAGCAGAACCUGACUGCGGAGUGGACCUGCGACUGCCCAAUCACGCAUCAGGGUGAGCGAUGCGAAUAUCUGCGCUGCCCUGGAGACUGCAACAACGCAGGUGACUGCGACAAGUUCACAGGCGUUUGUGCCUGUUUCGAUGGCUACGACGGAGCAGAUUGUGGGCUGGCUCCGGGACAGCUUGUUCCCAUCACGAAUGCCAUUGAGCUCUCCCUGACCUGGGGCCUCCUGGGCUACGAGGUGGACAACAAGUCGGAGCCCGACUAUGACUACAACUUCGACCUUUUUGAUCCGGAGGUGCAGGAGUGGAUCUUUGACACGUGCAGCGCGGCACGAGCCGAUCCAGAGCUGUUGGUUCGAGAGGAAGUCGUCUGCUGGAUCGAAGGCUGGAAGACCUGGGUAAUGGCGGUUGGGGGCCCCUUCCCAGUCAACAAUUCUGACCUCGCGUCCGAAGCUCUUCAGGUAUUCAUGCACCAGCGUGUGGCAAGCUCCUUUCUGGGGGAUGUGGCCACAGAUGGAGUGGACUAUGCAGGGCGGCCCUACUUCACCCGAGUCAGGCUGAAGAUUAAUGUUGCGGCCAAUGAUGAUGCCGAAUACAGGGAGGAAGUGCGACAGAAGUGGGACACUUGGGUCGAGAACCGAAAUGCCAUCGCUCCGGCGAAGAUCAAGAGCAACACUGCCCAGCGCGCCUCUGCACUGGUUUCUUCUCGAACAAAAAAGGCCUGUCGUUGGUCGCGAAUCCUGUAA